AUGGAUUAUUAUCAAUUUAGUGUUGAUGAUAAUAAUGAUGAACAAAUAUUUGAUAUACACUGUGUUGUUGAAGAAACAGAUAUAUUUCGUAAUGGUGGUAUUGAAGAUAUAACUCGAUUAAUUCUUUAUCAUAGUAAAAUAAAUGGAAGUGAUAUUAAUGUUAUUGUAAAAGAUCUAUUAGCUCAUACAAUUCCAGCGGCAUUCUAUCGAAAUUUAACUCGAGAUCUUAUUAUUGAAUAUGUACCAACGAAGCUAGAUAUUCAUGAAGUAUUUAUUCGAAUACAAAACAAUCUAUUUGAUAUAUGUCCAAUACGUAUAAUGUCAUUUGGUGCAAAUACUCCAUUUGAACCUGUACUUCAUGUACAAGUUAAAGGAGUUCUUGAACAUACAUUUGAAGGUGUUAUUGCUAAUAUUGAUAAAUUACAAAUAGAUAUUAAUGAUCCACUUGAAAGACCAUUACCAUUUCAACGUUCAAAAAAUGAAUGUGGAGAAUUAACAAUUGCUUUAUCACCUAUUCGUGGUACUCAUUGGAUACGUAUAUCAAAUGAUGAUAGUAAAAAUUUUGUUUUAUUACCCAUAUUUGCAUUUGAUGAUGAUUAUGUACCACUAUCACCUAUUAUUACACCAUCACCAGAAGAUAAAUUCUUACCAGAAAAACAAUUCAAAAAUAGUAAUAAUAAUAAUCAGGCGACAAAUGAUUCAUUUAUACCACUUUUAACUGGAAAAGACUUGAGAAUAAGUAGUGAAACAUCUGAAACUCGAUCAUCACGUGUAUCAUCUAAUGCAUCAUCACAAUUACCAUCGCCAAUUAAAGAACUAAGAGAAACAACUUCACCAAUAAUUCCUAAAGAAUCUCAUAAAAUAUCUUCGAAAGAUGCUCGAUCAAGUCCUGAAGUACACAUACUUGAUAUAACAGAUUUAAAUGAUCCAGGUGUUCAUAUUGUUUCAAAAUUUAGUUUUAAAGAUGUCGAUAAUAAAUUUCAUGUUACUAUAUAUGAUGCUGAUGGUAAAAAUAUUAAUUACAAAACUGAAUAUCUUAUUGAUGGACGAAAAAGAAUUUUCUAUGAACCUACUGUUAUUGGUCCCGUUGAAAUUCAUAUUGCAAAAGAUAAUGAACCUAUUGACGGUAGUCCAUUAAUUGUUCAUGCAUUUGAUCCAUCUUCAGUUUAUUUAAUUGAUUUUCCUGAUAAAAUAGAAAUCGAUACAAUAAAUCGUUUUGUUAUUGAUCCUACAAAAGCUGGGAAAGGUUCAUUAAAAGUUGCUAUCAAAGGUCCAAAUAAUCGAUCAUUACCAAUUACUGUUCUUAAACGAUCAAAUGGUCAACAUACUAUAUUCGUUUUAUUUAAUCGAAUUCCAAUACCAGAAACACCACUUCGAGUAUUUGUUGAAUCUAAAGAUGUUAAAAAAGCAUCAGAUGAAUCUAUUGAAGAACGAACAACCUAUCGAGGACAUGGUAUUUUUGAACAGUAUCAGCGUUUAAAAGAUGCUAGUCUUCGUUUAGUACUUCAUUUUGAUAAGCCAGAACAAUCAGAUUGGGAACAAAUUCGAGGUGAAUAUUCGAUUCAAAUCAAAAAAUUUUUGGCUGAUAAUCAGGAGCCAAUAAUUAUAAGUACUCAAACUAAUGAAAUUGGUGAAUGUGGACGUUCACUUUAUCCAAAACAACAUGAUCAAGAACGAGCACGUUCAUUAUCAUCUCUAACAAUAUUAGAUCCAGUACAUUCACGUUUAUCAAAAUCAAAUGAAAAUAUUGCUCAAUCAACAUCACAAAAACAUUCAUCAACAUCAAAUGAACAACAAAAUAGAGAACGAAUUACAAAAUCAGAAGAUCGACAUUCAUCAAUACCAGCAGUUAAAUCAUUGAGUAAUUUACAAAUUCAACAAUUUAGUUCAAUAAAAGAAAAAUUUGAACGUCAACAACCAAUUGAUGUUGUCUUUGAACAAAAAAAACAAUCAUAA